UCACAAGACAGAAGAAGAAGAAGAACCCCGUUCGAGAGCGAGUGCAGUGCGUUCAGUUCAAGUUAUAGCCGCUGUUUCCUGAAACGAGAAAAAUCUGUGCACAAAAAUGGCUCUACAUGUACCGAAAGCUCCCGGAUUUGCGUCGAUGCUGAAGGAUGGAGCUCGGGCAUAUUCCGGUCUCGAAGAAGCGGUGUAUCGUAACAUAAAUGCCUGCAAAGAGUUCGCCAACUCGGUACGGUCGGCUUACGGCCCGAAUGGCAUGAACAAGAUGAUCAUCAACCAUAUCGAGAAACAGUUCGUCACAUCCGAUGCUGGUACGAUUAUGCGCGAGCUGGAUGUGGAACACCCGGCGGCGAAGUUGAUGAUCGAGGCGAGCCAAAUGCAGGAAGCGGAGGCCGGUGACGGUACCAACUUUGUGGUCGUUUUCUGUGGCGCUUUGCUGGAGGAGGCGGAAGAGUUGCUGCGUUUGGGUGUAACCAGCAGUGACAUCACCGAGGGUUACGAAAAGGCGCUACAGAAGACACUGGACAUACUGCCCACGCUCACAUGUCACGAAAUUAAGGACUACCGUAGCUUGAUCCCGGUGCGCAACGCAAUCCGUGCGACGGUGAUGUCGAAGCAACUCGGCAACGAGGAUUUCCUAGCGGAUCUGAUCGCAAAGGCAUGCAUUUCGAUCAUGCCCGAGCAGACCACGUUCAACGUGGACAAUAUCCGUGUGUGCAAGAUUCUUGGCAGUGGACUGCAAAUGUCGGAAGUUAUACCGGGCAUGGUUUUCAAACGAUUCGUCGAAGGUGAGGUAACAUCUGUAACGAAGGCCAAGAUCGCGCUGUACUCCUGUCCAGUGGAUAUCAUCCAGACGGAAACAAAAGGUACGGUGUUGAUCAAAUCGGCGGAGGAGCUAAAGACUUUCAGCCAGGGCGAGGAGAACUUGCUGGAGGCACAAAUUAAGGCGAUCGUGGACACGGGUGCAACGGUGAUAGUAGCCGGUGCCAAGUUCGGGGAUAUGGCUUUACACUACAUGAACAAGUAUGGUUUGAUGGCGGUUCGAUUGAAUUCCAAAUUCGAUCUGCGUCGUCUCAGCAAGGCAGUGAAUGGAACGGUUUUGCCCCGUCUAACUCCUCCGAGCACGGAAGAGCUGGGAUAUUGCGAUAAUGUGUACGUGCAUGAGUUGGGUGAUACUUCCGUCACGAUCUUCAAAUCGGACGGUACGGAAAGCCGCAUUGCGACGGUUGUUAUCCGCGGUUCCACCGACAAUUACAUGGACGAUAUUGAGCGUGUCAUCGAUGAUGGCGUAAACACGUUCAAGGGAUUGACACGUGAUGCUCGCUUCCUUCCGGGUGCUGGUGCGGUGGAGAUUGAGCUAGCGCAACAGCUGUCCGAGUUUGCCGAUACGUUGCCCGGAUUGGAGCAAUACGCCGUGCGUAAGUUUGCUAAGGCACUGGAAUUCUUCCCGAAGGCGCUCGCCGAAAAUAGUGGCGUUAAUGCAACGGAGGUCGUACAUCAGCUGUACCUAGCACACAAGCAGGGCAAGAAAACGGAAGGCUUCGAUGUGGAAUCGGAACAACCUGCCACUAUCGAUGUUACGACAAAGAACAUUUUCGACCUGUACACCACAAAGUAUUGGGGGUUGAAGUACGCCGUCGGUGCCGCCUGUACGAUUCUGAAGGUGGACGAAAUCAUCAUGGCAAAGCGUGCCGGUGGUCCAAAACCAAGAGCAGGCGGUCCCGGAAGCGAUGAUGAAGCGUAAGCUACCAGAACUUGUGGCUGGGAGCUUGUUACAUUUUGAUCAUGAACAUUUUACGUUCUAUCAGCAUUUUUGCCUGCAUCUACUCUAAUUUAAACUUCUUCUGCUAACAACACAUGCACUCGCUCACCCAUUGCAGGAUAUAAAAUUCAUUCAAAUUUGCUCCACCUAACCUACGAAACCACACACGCGACUUGUCUACGUUGACACGAAGAACCGCGGAUUUGGGUUAUACCCUAAAAUUGAACCAACACCGUGUUGGAUUUUUCUCGAGUAUUUCCUUUGAGCUACUUUUACAACUAAUUGAUUCACUCAAGGCACACAUUUUUAGAAUGAAUGUGUGUGUGUGCUAUAAAAGGAAAUAAAAUAAAGCUCCUUAAAAUCA